AGAGGGGAUCGCGAAUAUCGGACGAGAAAAAUAAAUAAAUAAACGGUCUCUAUUCUCGCUCUGGUUGGAGAUGCUGCUGCAUUGAUAGCGUUGAGGGAAAGAUUCUCACUCACAAGUGGAGAGGCAGAGAUUACGGAUAACGCAGCGUUGAUUGCAUGACAAGAAGCUACAAAAGGGGGAGAAAUGUGUCGUUUUAGAAACGAAAUCGUCUGACUCUGGCGACUUAAUUUAUUUUCAUUUUCAACAGUCAUGUUAUUUGGAAACCGUGAAAUAUAGCUCUGUGUGUUCAGAUCUGUGCGAUUUGUGUAACUUUCACUAUACUCGUCCAUGAAAACGACGAAACCGGGCUUUGAUUUCUUGGGAAUUUUACCAGGAUCAUGUGGACACCGACAGAAGAUGAAAAAAUUGGAGUUGUGAUCUGUAACUUCAGAGGGACAGUGCCCCAGGGUCUGACACUGGAGCUCGGGGAGACCGUCCAGAUCCUGGAGAAAUGUGAAGGAUGGUACCGUGGAUUCUCCACCAGGAAGCCCACAGUCAAGGGAGUCUUCCCGGCUGGCUACGUUCACUUGAAGAAGGCGAUCGUGACCAAUCGAGGGCAGUAUGAGACGGUGGUGCCCCUUGAAGACCCCAUCAUCACCGAGGUGACCUCCACCCUGCAGGAAUGGGCCUUGCUGUGGAAGCAGCUCUACGUGAAGCACAAAGUGGACCUGUUCUACAAGCUGCGGCACGUGAUGAACGAGCUCGUGGACCUGCGACGCCAGAUGCUGUCGGGUCACCUGACGCAGGACCAGGUGCGAGACGUCAAGAGGCACGUCACCGUGCGGCUGGACUGGGGCAACGAGCACCUAGGCCUGGACCUUGUACCCAGAAAGGAGUUUGAGAUGGUGGAUGCAGAUCAAAUCAGCGUCUCUGACCUCUACAAAAUGCACCUCUCAAGCAGACACAGCGUCCAGCAGAGCACAGCCCAGGGCGACGGCAUGCGCCAGCGCCAUGGCGACCCGUGCCGAAUCCCUGUGCCGCACCACCUGUUCGUCAGCCUGAAGAGCUUCACCUACAACACCAUCGGCGAGGACACCGACAUCUUCUUCUCCCUCUACGACAUGCGGGAGAGCAAGCAGAUCAGUGAGAAGUUCAUGGUCAAGCUGAACAAGAACGGCGGCCCGAAGAGCCCGGAGAAAGUUGACCGUCUGUGUGCUCUCUUCACGGAUCUGAGCAAUAAGGACAUGAAGAGAGACCUCUACAUCGUUUCCCAGGUCAUCAGGACUGGCCGGAUGCUGCUGAACGACUCGAAGAAGGGCCCGCCCCAGGUGCAGUACCGCCGGCCCUACGGGUGCGCCGUGCUGGCCAUGAGCGACGUGCUGCAGACCAUCUCCGAGCUCAAGGAGGAGAAGGACUUCGUGCUCAAGGUCUACACGUGCAACAAUGAGAACGAAUGGUACCAGAUCCACGAGAAUAUCAUCCGCAAGUCCAGCACCAAGUACACGGCUCCCAGCACGAAUUACGGUCUGAUCAUCUCGCUGCAGUUGCUGAGGGGGGAGAUGGAGCUCAUCCGCAGGGAGAACCCAAUGAUCUUCAACCGGGGCGUGGCCAUCACACGCAAGCUGGGCUUCCCCGACGUCAUCAUGCCAGGUGACAUCAGAAAUGACCUCUACUUGACCCUGGAAAGAGGGGAAUUUGAAAGAGGGGGGAAAAGUGUACAGAAAAACAUUGAGGUCACCGUCUUUGUGCUUUAUGCUGACGGCGAGGUACUCAAGGAGUGCAUCAGUCUGGGUUCGGGGGAGCCCAGUCUCAGUGAGCACCGGUCGUUUGUGCUGUACCACAACAACAGCCCCCGCUGGAGCGAGGUCAUCAAGCUGCCAAUCCCCAUCGACCGUUUCCGUGGCUCCCACCUGCGCUUCGAGUUCCGCCACUGCUCCACCAAAGAUAAAGGAGAGAAGAAGCUGUUCGGCUUCGCCUUCACUCCCCUGAUGAGGGAGGAUGGGACCACUCUGUCCGACGAGAGCCACGAGCUCUACGUCUACAAGUGUGAUGAGAACACCACCUUCAGUAACCACGCCCUAUACCUGGGCCUGCCCUGCUGCAAGGAUGACUUCAACGGCUGCCCUAACAUUCCCUCCAGCCUCAUCUUCCAGCGGAGCACCAAGGAAACGCUCUGGAUCUCCACUCAGCUGUCCUCCACCAAGCUGACGCAGAAUGUGGACCUGCUGGCCCUGCUGAAGUGGAAAGCCCACCCUGACCGAGUGAUGGACAUCCUCGGGAGGCUGCGGCACGUCAGCGGGGAGGAGAUCGUCAAGUUUCUACAAGAUAUUCUCGACACGCUUUUUUCUAUUCUCGAUGACAACACAGACAAAUACGGACCUCUGGUUUUCCAGUCACUGGUCUUCAUCAUCAAUCUGCUGCGGGACAGCAAGUACUACCACUUCCGCCCCGUCAUGGACACCUACAUCCAGAAGCACUUCGCCGGAGCGCUGGCCUACAAGGAGCUGAUCCGCUGUCUGAAAUGGUACAUGGACCGCUCGGCUGAGGUUGUGCGACAGGAUCCCAUCCAAGAGGCCAUGAGGGCGCUGGAAUACCUGUUCAAGUUCAUCGUGCAGUCGAGGAUCCUGUACUCGCGGGCCACCUGCGGGAUGGAGGAGGACCAGUUUCGGGCCAGCAUCCACGAGCUCUUCCAGUCCAUCCGCUUCGUCCUCAGCCUGGACAGCCGCAGCUCCGAGACGCUGAUCUUCACGCAGAGUCCCCUGCCUCCUCUCGGACAGCCCCCUGGCACGGUCAGCUGCUUGCAGCCCUGGGGCUCCAAUGCUCCUCGGCCUUCUCCUCUCUCAGCCGCCCUGCUCAACUCUUUCCCCGCCAUCUUCGACGAGCUGCUGCAGAUGUUCACGGUGCAGGAGGUGGCGGAGUUCGUGCGGGGCACCCUGGGGAGCAUGCCCAGCACCGUGCACAUCGGACAGUCCAUGGACGUGGUCAAGCUGCAGUCCAUCGCCCGCACCGUCGACAGCCGGCUCUUCUCCUUCCCAGAGUCUCGGAGGAUCCUGCUCCCGGUGGUCCUCCAUCACAUCCACCUGCACCUGCGGCAGCAGAAGGAGCUGCUGAUCUGCUCUGGGAUCCUCAGCAGCAUCUUCUCCAUCAUUAAGAGCAGCUCCCUGGAGUCGUCGGUGCAGGAGGAGGUGGAGAUGAUGGUGGAGAGCCUGCUGGACGUGCUGCUCCAGACCCUGCUGGCCAUCAUGAGCCGGUCCCAGACUCAGGAGGCGGUAAGAGGCCAGCGCUGCCCGCAGUGCACCGCGGAGAUCACCGGAGAGUACGUGUCUUGCCUCCUGUCUCUGCUGCGUCAGAUGUCAGACAUCCACUUCCAGCACCUUCUGGACAACUUCCAGAGCAAAGAGGAGCUGAAGGAAUUCCUGCUCAAGAUCUUCUGUGUGUUCCGCAACCUGAUGAAGCUCAGCAUCUUUCCCCGAGACUGGAACAUGAUGAGGCUCCUCACCAGCAACAUCAUCGUGACCACGGCGCAGUACCUUUCACCAGCCCUGCACAAAAACUUCACCGAGGCCGACUUCGAUUUCAAGGUGUGGAACUCCUACUUCAGCCUUGCGGUUCUGUACAUCAACCAGCCCAGCCUACAGCUGGAGGCACUCACUCCAGCCAAGAGGAAGAAGGUUCUAGACAAGUAUGGAGAUAUGAGAGUGAUGAUGGCCUAUGAGCUCUUCAGCAUGUGGCAGAACCUCGGCGAGAACAAGAUCCACUUCAUUCCCGGAAUGAUCGGCCCAUUCCUGGGCGUGACGCUGGUUCCUCAGCCGGAGGUGCGCAACAUCAUGAUCCCAAUCUUCCACGACAUGAUGGACUGGGAACAGCGCAAGAACGGGAACUUCAAACAGGUGGAGGCGGAGCUCAUCGAUAAGCUGGACAGCUUGGUCUCCGAGGGGAAAGGGGACGAGAACUACCGCGAGCUCUUCAGCCUGCUAACCCAGCUCUUUGGGCCGUACCCCAGCCUCCUGGAGAAGAUCGAGCAGGAGACGUGGAGGGAGACCGGGAUCUCCUUCGUCACCUCCGUCACCCGGCUCAUGGAGCGCCUCCUCGACUACAGGGACUGCAUGAAAGGAGAGGAGACCGAAAACAAGAAGAUCGGCUGCACUGUCAACCUGCUGAACUUCUACAAGUCGGAGAUCAAUAAGGAGGAGAUGUACAUCCGCUACAUUCACAAGCUGUGUGACAUGCACCUGCAAGCCGAGAACUACACAGAGGCGGCCUUCACCCUGCUGCUGUACUGGGAGCUCCUGCACUGGGAGGAGCGUCCGCUCAGGGAGUUCCUCCACUACCCCGCCCAGAGCGAGUGGCACCGCAAGGAGGGGCUCUGCCGCAAGGUCAUCCACUACUUCAACAAGGGCAAGUGUUGGGAGUAUGGGAUUCCCCUGUGUCGGGAGCUGGCCUUUCAGUAUGAAACUCUGUUUGACUACCAAAGCCUGAGCUGGAUAAGGAAAAUGGAGGCAGCGUACUACGACAACAUCAUGGAGCAGCAGAGGCUUGAACCCGAGUUCUUCAGGGUGGGCUUUUACGGCAGGAAGUUCCCCUUCUUCCUCAGGAAUAAAGAAUUUGUUUGCCGAGGACAUGACUACGAGAGGCUUGAAGCCUUCCAGCAAAGGAUGCUGGGAGAAUUCCCUCAAGCUAUUGCCAUGCAACAUCCCAACCAACCAGAUGAGGCCAUUUUACAGUGCGAUGCCCAGUACCUGCAGAUCUACGCGGUCACUCCGGUGCCUGAGAGCAUGGAGGUGCUCCAGAUGGACCGAGUCCCCGACCGCAUCAAGAGCUUCUACCGCGUCAACAACGUGCGGCGCUUCCGCUAUGACCGGCCCUUCCACAAAGGCCCCAAGGACCGCGAGAACGAGUUCAAGAGCCUGUGGAUCGAGCGGACCACCCUGAUCCUCACACACCCUCUGCCGGGCAUCUCGCGCUGGUUCGAGGUGGAGAAGAGAGAGCUGGUGGAGGUCAGCCCCCUAGAGAACGCUAUAUACGUGGUGGAGAAUAAGAACCAGGAGCUGCGGACUCUCAUCAGCCAGUACCAGCACAAACAGCAUCUCCAUGGCAACAUCAACCUGCUCAGCAUGUGCCUGAAUGGGGUCAUCGACGCUGCCGUCAACGGUGGUAUCGCCCGCUACCAAGAGGCCUUCUUCGAUAAGGAGUACAUCAGCGGCCACCCAGAGGACACAGAGAAGAUCACACAGCUCAAAGACCUCAUGCAGGAACAGGUUCACAUCCUGGGAGUUGGCCUCGCGGUUCACGAGAAGCUGGUGCACCCAGAGAUGCGUCCCCUGCACAAGAAGCUGAUCGAUCAGUUCCAGAUGAUGAGGAGCAGCCUGUGCCAUGGCCUGCCCGGCCUGGAUAAGCUGAGCCCGGCCUGCUCUGGGGCCAGUACCCCCCGAGGCAUUCUGACCUCCCACAGCCCCAUGAGCCCCGAGAGCAUCAAGCUCCUGCACAGACACAGCCCGCUGAAUCUGAUUGGCUCAGUGCGGCACUCGUCCUCCUCCCUCUCCUCCCACGCCUCCAGUGAGGCGGGGAACCUGCUGAUCCUGACGGACGGGGCGGUGCUGGAGCACCCGGAGGAGCUGUACCGCAUGCAGCCAAGCCCCUCCUCCUCCAGUCUAAGCUCCACCCACUCAGCCCCCUCUCAGAUGAUGAACUCCGCCCCCUCCAGUGCCCGAGGCUCCCCGUCACUGCCAGACAAGUACAGACACAACCGGGAGCUGCUGAUGCUGCUGCCCCCCCACCGGGAGAGGCCAAGCAGCGCCAUGUACCCCGCCGUCACCGAGAACGGACAGCCCACCAACUUCCAGCGAGCUCUGUUCCACCAGGUGAUUGGACCCUGCAAGCCCUGUAGCGACCCCAACCUGUCCGUGGCAGAGAAAGUCCUCAGUGCUCCCAGCAGCUGGAGCCUGGACAGUGGCACCAGGGAGGCUCUCCCGUUCCUAUCGGCCCACGUGGGGAGUGUGAUGGCCCCCCCAGUCCCACCCCGUACCCUGCCUCCCGGACACUUCUCGAUGCACUUUGACGCGUUCCACCACCAGAUCAGCGAGCUCCCUCCAGCCCUGCCCGCACGCUCGUUACGAAAGUCCCCCCUGCACCCCAUCCCUGCCUCCCCCACCAGCCCGCAGUCGGGCCUGGAUGGCAGUAACUCCACCCUGUCGGGCAGUGCCAGCAGUGGGGUCUCCUCCCUGAGCGAGAGCAACUUCGGGCAGCCCCCGGAGCCUCCGGCCCGCCCCGACGCCCUGGAGCCCGCCCCCGGCCCGCCCUGGGCCCCGGAGGAGGACGGCGAUUCGCCCUACCUGCCCGUGCGCUACAGCGUCUCCGAGCCCGACGCCCUGGACCCCACCAAGCCCCCGCCCUGCCGCAGCCACUCCGCCCCCGGCGGGGUCGCCCCGGCCCUGGAGGGCCACCCCCCGCACCCGCACCCCCACCCGCACCCUCACUACCACCACGAGCCGCCCCCGGCCCUGCCCCCCAAACCCUACCUCCGGGAGGGCUGUAUCCCUGAGGAGGACCUCCGGCCCGCUCCCCGGCCCAUGCCUCGCAAGAUCUCCCAGCCCCUGCUCUCCAACAAGGAGGAGCAGGCCAAGGUGGCCUGGGAGCACGGGGUCAGUGAGGAGUAGGGAGGCGCCGGGGUGGGGGGGGCCAGCCACAGCCCAAGCGCUCGGGAAGGAAGAGCGGGAAGGAGGGAUGGAGGGAGAGAAGGGAAGAGGAUGGGCCCUGGAAGGAUGGAACGAAGGAGGAGGUUCUCAUCCUCCGGUUCCUCGCUGUCCGGCGCCUCUCCUGACUGCUAGCCACAUUCCCAGCUUUUCCGAGCUCCCGAAGACGAGCCGGGAAGCCCGAGGAAUGUCCGCUGUGUGAAACGGUCUGCCUUCCCUUUGUCCUGAAGCAUUCGCUGUCUGCGCUUCGUUCUGUACCUCGGUCUGCGAGUGGAAGGGGAGUUGCAUCGCCGUGGGGUGAGCAUCUGGAAUGGAAACGGCUGUCGGUUAUUUUCUUGUUCUGUUGCGCUAUAUAAUGAUUGCACUGAAGCAGUGGGUGUAAUCAAGGGUCUCAGUUGGAAGCGAUAACCCAGGCUUCAAUACGUACAGUCACAUUCGAGCCGUUUGAAUGUUAUUCUUCAUAAACAUCUCUGGAUCAUCUAGCAUGUUAUACUCCCUGAUAGACUCAAAGUAGUUAUCCUCGGAAAAAUGAACUGGAAUGAAUCAAGCAGAGAAGAAAAUAAUUCAAAUUUUUCUUUUGGAGAAACCACGUAUUAGCACAUUUUAGCACCAAAAAACGCUUAUUUACCCGCACUUAUUUAUUAAAACAGCGAAGAGAGAAAAUCAGCGUGUACGGAAUAUGUCGCAUAUUUCUGUACACCAUGCAGACACUUCAGAAUUGUUUUAAAGUAUGAACUCAAUCCUGGGAGAAAGACGUUUUCUGAUGCAGUGGCUUUAUAUAUUUCUAAGUGGACUUAAAGCAAACAGUUAACAUGGUGUGUGGAUAACUUUGUUUUCCACAAAUUCGUGUUAAACCUUCAGUUAUCAUUAGAUUUCAGUUGUAGUUUUACUUUGGAAGUUAUAUAGAUUUUUUUGGUCCUUGUACUUUCUAUUUUCUACUUGCCUUUUAAAAGAACCAAUGGCUCUCGCGGAAAAACAAUUAUUCAACCAGAGAUCGUCACAACAAGGAAUGCAUCGGCAACGCACGUCAUUUGUAAGGCUACCCAGCAACCGACGGUUUCUUUUCUGAAGUGGUACAAAACCAGCUCGGUGGAAAGAGACUUACAGGCUUCUUCGCCAUUGUUAUGUCCCUUUUAGUGUCGUGUAUCCUGGUCAUCCAGCUGCUUCAAGAACUGUUACACAUUUCGGACACGACAUGGAAGGGCAAUUUGCUAAACGUUAACUCACGGACAGACUGCUGUUUAAAUCCACAAGUUCUUUUUCACGUUUGUUUCUCAGUUGGUGAUGCCUAAAGGAAAGCAUAUAUUUUUAAUUGAGUAUAGAGAAUCUAGACCUCCAUGGGUUUAUAAUAUAUAACAGAGAUAUAUAGCUAUAGAGUAUAUGACUAAAUUUCUUUAUCGUGGACUGAGGAGGCGAUUCGUUUUCCAUGUGAAAUUUUAUGCAAGACGAGGGAAAUGUAAGGCCUGUUAGCGCGUGGUGGUGUGCACUGGGUCAUUGAGAUAUCUCGGAGUGGGAAUGAUAUUUUCUGACAAAUAUUAUUUAAAAAAGUAACAAAUCUGUAAAUGCGUUUUUUUUCUAACAAUAUGAAUUCAGUUUUUUGUACAGUUCUUCAGUCUGCAUGUUUUUUCAUUUUUAUUUUGGUGCAAAAAACGUGAUGAAACCGCCCUGGAGGUCACAUGACCGCUACCUGUC